ACUGAUCGAAGGAACACAAGUUAUCUCUUCAGAGUUGUAAACACAGCAGGUCAUGGAAGCCAGCAGCCUGGAUGAUGACAUGAUGGAUGGAGACCUGGGUGAUGGGAUGGGAGUCAUAGCAGCAUCCAGCUCCACCAGAAAAAAGAGCCAAAGCUCCAAUGGGGUGAUGGGGGCCACGCUGCCCAGAGCAGAGUUGCUCAGGCGCAGUGGCCAGGGAGGAGAGAAUACCUGGAUCCCUAGACUGAAGAUUACAGAGAGGCAGCUAACAAUCCCCUGGAAGCUGCCACACACUGGCUCCCUGGUUGACAUGUCCAAAGACGAGCUGAAAGACAGACUGCAGGAAGCGAGUGAGGCAAUUGACGUAUUAUACUGUGAGCUGGAGGUGGCACAUCGUUACCUAGAAGGCAAAUAUGAAGCUCUGAAGAUCUUACAGGGGAAGGCAAUCCUUGACAAGGCCACGAGUCACACUAAAAGUCUACUACAGAAGAGCGAGGAGACGGCCAGAACUCUUGAGAAGGAGGUAAACAGCUUGCAAUGGGAGCUCAGCUUCAGCCAGGUACAGAUGAAGAAGUCUGAGCAGUCCUGGGAGCAGAAAUACAGCAGAAUUUUAAGCGAGAACAAGACUCUGACUGACAACCUGGAGGAAAGAGAGAGUGAGAUCCAGCAGCUCCGAGCAGAGAACUCUGCUCUCAGUCAGCAGUUCUUGGAGCUUCUCUCCAUGUUGAAUGUGAAGGAGCAGAGGACUUACCAAGGAACCAAACCUCAGUACUGCCCAGAGAGAGACACAAAUGUUUUGGAGCUGGCAGUGUUGGGUGCCUGCAGGUGUCUCAGUGUUACUGAAGCAUGUCCAUGUAGUCGCACAGCAGCCGCCACUAGGAAGCAGCUUGUCCAGCUACGACAGGAGUUGGAUGCUCAGUGUUCAAGGAGAGAGGAGGCACUGAUGGUUGCGGAUGCGUUUCGCAUUGCCUUUGAACAGCAGCUGAGGAAACGAAGUGAACGCUUUCUGCUGAUGGCUGAAGCCAACAUCCUCGAAUCCCAUCCUUGCAAGCCUGACAAUAAGCCAGCAUGCUACACUAAAGGUGUUAACAGGAGUCCUUUAAUCAGUCAGAAAUUAAGAGAUUUGCUGCCAUCCAGUUUGGAGACGAAGAUGUCUGAUGAACUUUUAGAAACUCUCUACAGACUGCUGGACUUGUUAAAUGACAAGGAAGAGGAGCUGGCACACCAGAGGAAGGUGAGCAUCAUGCUAGCCCACAGUGCUAAGGAGCUACAGAGACAGCUGCAUCUAGAUUCACAUUACUGGCCACCAGAAUUGUCAGAGUCCAGGAUCUCAUCAAAGCAACCACAAGAACCAUCAAAAAACCAGAGCCAACCUCAGCAAUCAUCUGAUUUGUCAGUGUUCAAGAUCCAACCACCAGUCCUGUCAGAGCUCAACAUUCAAGCUCAGCAACAACGAGAGCUGUCAGAUUCUCAGCAUCAGUCAGGACAACCACUGCAGGGGCUAUCACAGGUCAACAGCCAGCCGGUGUCUAACCACAGCACUCACCAGUCUGAAAUCCAACAAUCAGAUCUAUUAGAGUCCUGA